ACCUGACUGUACCUGACAGUUGUGUACAUCAAUCUUGGCCUCUCGCGCGUCGUAAGAACAACAGUAUCAGCAGAGAACUCAUCCUGCGUAAGACGGUCAAGUGAGUCAGCAGGUGAAAAGGGUUGCUCGGCGGCGACAACCGGACAAAGACUCCAUCAAUAUUCUGGACCGGAAACGCCACCCUCGAGCGAACCAGAGUCCCUCGACAAGCUUAGAGUCGCGCAUAGUCAUCCACUCUACGUUGAAGCGGACAACCAGCGAUCAGCACCAUUCAUUGCGCGCAACGCACGUGAAGAUAGCGAAACCCCUAUCUUAACAGGACUCCAACCACCUCGGAGCGUACCCUCGGCUUCGUCAUAGCACCUUAAAUACGCCUGUGGUCCGGUCGAGAUCACUGGCGGGUGCGUUGUCGAAGCACCAGGGUUCAUUCCUUGGUGUGCUUGUCCAGUUCAGCACAUGAGCAGCCGUCUGUGGAAAGCCUACUAUGAAGACGACGUCAAUACCUUUCGGCAGCUGCUUCUGCAAAACUCGGUGUACAACACCAGACUGAGCGCCGGAAGAGGUAGUAAUGCUGGGCCGGUGCUAGGCAGCCCGGAGCAGUAUGGUACAUCACCGGGCUUUGCGGUCAAAAGCCGCAAGAGCGGAGGACGAGCAGAUGGAGCGACGUUGACGAAAGCGGAUAUCAACUGGCGCGACUCUUGCGGUCGGACCCUUCUGCAUCUUGUCGCUUCUACGACCACAGAGAAUGCAUUGUACUUUGCGACGGCGUUGAUAGAGCAUGCGCACAUCGAUCUUUACGUGCAGGAUCUCGAGAACGGAUGGACUGCUCUUCAUCGCGCAUUUUAUUUUGGCAACAUCGCGAUUGCUCGACUAAUACUUGAGCGCGACGCAGGCGAUGCGCUUGGCAGGACAACAGGCCAUGUGCAUCAAACGAUCGGUCUGGUCAAAAUUAAGGACAGGGAAGGUCAUGGUCCUCUUGACCUUUAUGCUGCUACCAUCAAAGAUCGCACGCUUAGGCCUGAGCAGACGAAUCGUCCGCGAUCCGGAUCAAACGCCAGUGACGAAGAGCGACCGUCAAUGGUUGGCGAUGGCGAUGACGUUUACCGUACCAGCCAAAUCUUCGUCCAUAGCGUUAACGGAGAUCAAGUGUUCACCUUCGGCAGCAACCAAAAUGUGUCUCUGGGAUUUGGCGAUCAGGACGACCGGCACUUUCCGGAGCGCAUUACUCUACGACGUCCGGAGCACCUUGUUCGUCGUUUCCAUAGCGAGCAUGUCGCUGAGACUGCUAAGAAAUGGUCUGCUCACGAUCCUUCCUUCGUCACUAGCCCCGUAGCACCCGCCUCAGGCUGGCUUGAUGACUUGCCAUUUGUGGUGCGCAGCAAACCGAUCAUUAUCCGUGAGGUGCAGAUGGCCAAACUAUCAUCCGCGGUGCUCACUGAUGAUCCAGAGGCCAACCUUUACAUGUGCGGACACGGUCAGAGCGGCCGACUCGGUACUGGAGACGAACAAACGCGCUUCAACUUCGUGUGCGUCGAAGGCGGCUCUCUUGCUGGAAAGCGUGUCGUGUCGGUCGCGCUCGGCCAAGGCCACACUCUUGCGCUGUCUGAGGAAGGCGAGACCUUUAGCUGGGGCAACAACGGUUUCGGUCAGCUCGGCUACACUCUUCCAAAAGCUGCUGCCGAUGACAAAGAUCCGUGCAGCACAUUUCCCAGGCAGAUAUAUGGCGUGCUCAAGCGUGAGACUGUCACCGGCAUCGCAGCCUCACGCGUGCAUUCGGUGGCUUACACUCCGUCCUCACUGUUCACGUUUGGCAAGAAUGAAGGUCAGCUGGGAAUUAUGGACUCCGACGCUCGCUCGUUGGAGAUGCAGACCACACCACGCAAGGUCGCUGCCUCUCUCUUUUCGUUUCCUAUUGAGGCCGUCUGCGCGAUUGACAAGGCUACGGUAUGUCUACUCGAGAGCCAUGAAGUCUUCGUCUUCGCAAACUACGGCUACGCCAGGGUACAGUUUCCGCUCGACACAUUUAGCAAUUACUUUCUGAAGCAAAGUUUCCUCCUCACUAACUACGACUCGGUACCGAAUCGGAUCGUCAAGCUUACGGGUGGAGGUGAUACCAUUUGCGCCAUGUCCAGCCGAGGCGAGAUCUAUACGUUCUCCAUCAGCCAGCGUCUCGACAAUCAAAUUACAGCGUCGACUACCAAUCCUGCAAAGAUUCGUAGUGCAAUCACCCAGCCGCAGCGUAUUUGGUCGCCAAGAAAGACUAGCAUGGCCGCACGCGAUGUAGGCGUUGAUGCGGAUGGCGCAAUCAUUGUUUCCACGGAAGAAGGCAGUGUCUGGAAGCGAAUCAAACGAGCUCAUCUGAAAGACGCGACUGCAUCGGGGACAGGCGAAUACAAGCCGAAAGACUACAAAUUCUCGCGCAUCCCAGGUUUGACCAGAGUCUUGGCAGUAAGAGCUUCCGCAUAUGGAGCGUAUGCAGCGAUUCGGCAAGACUGCGAUGUGCUCAGGACGCAGAUCGUGGUUGAGGACCAACAUCUCCGGACGGAGCUCUUGCCACUUUUGUCGCUAAAGCUGCUCGUGGACGGUCAAAGACACGAUAGCGAUGACGACCGACCGCGCUUCUGGCAAGGUUCGAAGAAGAUGGACGAGGUACAGGUACUGAAGCAGGCAAUACUGGACAGCAAGGAUAUCGAGCAGGACUUAUUGAACCUUGUGAAGCACGGAAUGGGCGGCAAUCCGAACAGUUAUGACGCGAUAAUCUCUAGCUCAGCGUCUGACGUUACGAUCCCGGUGAACAGAUUUAUGCUUACAGGCAGAAGCAAGGUGUUGCGGCGUGGGUUCCGGGACCUCUGCGAGACAAGCACCUUCACCGUUUCAGAUCUUGCAGUGUCAGAGCUUGACAAGGACGGUCGAGCCGUGAUCAAGUUCCAAGGCCUCGACAGCUUGACCCUCGUCAACUUCGUUGUGUACCUGUACACCGACAGUUUCAUCGACUUUUGGCAUUUGCCACGUGCUGGUCCGAUGACCUUCCGCUACCGCCAAGUACGCAACGAGUUGAUGAAGGUGGCAUCAAAGCUAGACAUGGCAAAGCUGGAGCAAGCCGUGCGCCAGAUGGUCGGGCCAAAACCAUGUCUGGAUCUAGACCUCGAGGUAGCGUUCGCGGAUCCAGCGUUCUUCUACGACGGCGAUAUCGCGAUUCAGCUUGAGGAUGAUCAGGUCCGAGCUCACAGUGCGCUUCUGUGUGCUCGCUGUCCGUUCUUUGACGGUCUGUUCAUGGGCCGCGCCGGAGGGCGUUGGCUUACAGGGCGCGCGGAGGACGCUCUGACGGUCGACCUCAGCCAUAUCAGCAGCAGGACGUUUCGACUUGUUUUGCGGCAUAUCUAUGCAGAUACAGGAACCGAACUGUUUGACGAUAUCGUCUCUAUUGGUGUUGACGACUUUCUGGACACUGUGGUGGACGUCAUGAGCGCAGCGAACGAACUGAUGCUGGACCGCCUGUCGCAGAUAUGCCAAUACGCGGUCGGCCGGUACGUCAAUGUCCGCAACGUCAGUGAAUUGUUGAAUGCAAUCUCGCCCAGCUCCGUGCGUGAAUUCAAGGAUGCUGCGCUCGAGUACAUGUGUCUGAACAUGGAAGCGAUGUUGCAGGGACAUCAUUUCAAUGCGCUGGAUGAGGAGCUUCUUACAGAGCUAGAUGUGGUUGUUCGGGAGAACCAGCUUGCAUGCAUGCCUUUUGCCAAAAGUGACAGACCCGAGCGCUUGCUCUACGAACGUCAUCCGGAGCUUGCGGCCGCGAUGGAUAAAACUCGACAGCGCCGAAUUGAUGCCGCUGCUGUGCGAGCCCGGCAUCAGGACCUUGACAAUUUCGUUCCAGGAUCGUUUGGUGAAGACAUACUGUCAUCACCGGUGCUGCAGGCGCGGUCCCGCAGGCGAUCGUCCACCGUGCAGCACAGAGCAGAUGCCGAGCGCCCCUCGCUGAAAGGCAAAACAUCCACGAAAGACAUGAUGUUUGCCAUGGAUGAAGAGGGACAGUCCGAUAUUGCUACGCCGGAGCCAUCUCCGGCUAUUCGACCAAUGACAAGCCCUCGCGGCCUGGAACCUAUUGCAUCAAGUCCACCAGAAGAAGUAUGGUAUGACUCCCGUGGAAAAGCCUUACCUUCGCCGCAGCUGAAGCCACAAACCUCUAUCCCUGGCGCCAUCACGCCAAGGACGCCGAAGUCGCCUACCGUUGGUGGCAAGACACCUCCGAGCAACAGCGCUGUGCCGUGGAGCUUGACGCCUCUGCCAGGUCCGAGAACAGAUCUAAGGAAUAUUAUGGCGCAAACGGCAUCAACCAGGACAUCUUACCUCUCGCAGAGUCUGGCGGCUGCAAUGCCACCUUUACCGGAGACACCAAGUUCUUUUUCACUCGGACCGUCGCGUGUAUCACAGAAGGACCGUAAACGCAUGCAGCAGAACCAGCACCCACCCAGCGUCGCGCAGGUUGAGAACAAGCCGUCCGAAGCAACACCGCCAGCUGCAUUGAGACCGGCUGGCAGCCCUUGGCAGACGCCGCCAACCCAACGUUCACCUGCGCUACGACCUGCUCUCCACGAGAAAAGUCCGAAUGAACCGCUCAAGCCAGUGAACGCCCGUGGCUUGAGCACGCCGCAAUUGACGAUGCGACAAACUGUUGCCAAUACCAAGCCAGGCCAAUCGCCGGUACUUAAGACGCCUGUCCUCGGGCCUACGGGCUCGAGCGCCCUCCAGCAGCGAAGCGUGUCUGACUCGAAGGCGGUGCCAACUAUCGAGACUGCGCGGCCAGCAUCCAGUCAUCGUCCGCUACCACGGCAACCUUCCAAUAGCAAGCCGAUACCGCAGUCCAUACGACAUCAGGCGCCAGUAGAGCAAAUACUUGGCUUAUCAAUGUCCGAGAUCGUGGCUCAGGAGCAGGCUGCUAAGGAUGAGGUCAAAGCUGCAGUGGCGAAAAGGGACUUGUCGGAGAUUCAAGCGGAACAGGAGUUUCAGGAGUGGUGGAAUAAGGAAAGUGCCAGGGUACAAGAAGCUGAGCGGAAGAGCGCCGCUGCCGCUGCGAAGACGUCGAAGAGGAGGCAUGGGCGUGGUGGCGCUAAAGGUGGCAAAGGGAAGACUGGGGUUGCCGGUGAGCGACUGGCAAGUACGAGCGAUGUGGCAUGAUGACGAAUAGAUGAGCUUCAAGGUGUUUCGAAGGCUCACGCCUGCUACGUAAGCAGAGCUCUGUACAUAUAGAUAUAUAUGUUGUUUGCUCGGUACGAUAUUGAGCGGUCAACAAGACCUACUCAUACGGUCCAGGGUAGGUCAAGUUCCCAAACGAAGGCGCCUGCAAUAAGAUUAGCAGUAUUUAUUUUAUGCGAGAGAAAAAGGAUGCCGCCGCCCA